UUAAUUGAAGGGUCUUAAGAAAUAUAUUUUUAAAUUACUUUAUUUCACUCAUACAUACUUAUAUGACAAAUGUAAGGACUUAAUAGUAUAUGAAUGAAUUUUAUUUAAUAAUUAAAGCGUUAUACUGCAAAUUAUUCAUUUGCAAUGGAUCCUUCGUUGAGAGCACACUACCUGAGAGCAAAACAUAGCACCAUGAAGCGUUACGAUGUGGUUAUAAAAAGAAAAGUCUUGCAAAAAAGAAAACUGAAAAAAAUCAAGUCUAUUUUAUUCGAUAAUUUUAAGGAGUAUUGCGAAAAUACAUCGAUCCAUGGACUAAAAUAUAUAGUGAAUAAACAUUUGUUUCCUAUUGAACGGUUAUUCUUUGCUAUAGCACUGAUCUGCUUUGUCUAUGGAGUAGCUAUCUUCGUGGGCGAAAUCUAUGAAGACUGGGACUAUAUCCCUAUGCUUGUAAGUAUCAAUCCGAAGCUUACGAGAAUUACAGACGAUCCAUUUCCGGCGGUUACCAUCUGUAAUCUAAAUCAAGCUUAUAGGUCAAAGGCUCAACAAUUUUCAAUCUAUUCGUUUGAUUAUACCAUAAUACAAAUGCUCUGCAAGCGCGAUGUUAACGUUACUAUUGCUGAUAGCAUUACGGAUUGGAGUAAUUUGAUACAUUUAAUUCAUGACAUCUCUCAGCCGUGCAGUAAUAUGUUAUUGCAAUGUAAGUACGCCGGAUUAGAAUUCAAUUGCACUGAACUUUUUCGACCUAUCAUCACCGACAAUGGAUUAUGUUGCGUCUUUAAUAUGAUUGAUCCGAAGUUCAUGUACCGAAUUUACAACACCACAGCGGCGAAAUCGUUUACUAAUGAGAAUUACAAAUAUCCCGAAGGGUAUGAGCCAGUUGACUGGAGUUCAGAGGCAGGAUAUCCAAGCGAUUUACCCGAAAAAUUCAUACCAAUGAAAAGUGCAGGAACCGGUGAGAGUGUGGGAAUCAGCAUUGUCCUUGAUGUUGAAAGCGAUCAAUAUUACUGUUCGACAUCGGAUAGCAUCGGUUUUAAAAUCCUACUACACAACCCGCUCGAAGUGCCGAACAUGCGCGAAAUUGGUCUUUUACUCUCGCCGGGACGUGAGACGAAGAUUCGUAUCCAACCCGAAAAAGUCGAAUCUGAAAGAUACGUUCGUUACAUCAGCAAAAAUGCACGAAAUUGCUUAUUCGAAAACGAGCAGCGUCUGUAUGUUUAUAAGAAGUAUACACAACGCAAUUGUGGUGUCGAAUGUAGUGCUGGCUGGAUUUUAGAAAAUUGUGGCUGUCUGCCACAUUAUGUACCAAAGUUAUUUGGCAAUGAAACCACUUGUGGCAUGCGUGAGUCCAAUUGCGUUGAACGCAUUCGCUUAGAAACAAUGCUAUUAAAGAACUCGAGAAGGAAUUGUGCCGAUUUCUGCAUGCCAUCAUGCAAUGAUCUCUCCUAUAUGCCAUCAUUCUUCUCUGCACCACUAAUUCAUUCGGGAUUUGAAAAUGAGAAAUUCGCUGAAAAUAUUAGUAAAGCUUAUCUGGAGAAAAAUAUUGCUGUCGUGAAUAUUUUCUUUAAACAUACCACUUAUAGAAGUCAGAAGAACUCGGACUAUAUUGGAGUAACUGAUUUUUUAUCAAGCAUUGGCGGUAUAAUAAGCCUUUUCUUUGGCUUCAGCUUCAUCUCCUUAGUUGAGCUGAUUUUUUAUGCGUUUUUAAGGCCCCUUCGAAUUCCAUUUACAACACUGAAAUGGCGAAUUGUGAAGUCGGCGAAAACACAUAAGCUAAGAUCUAUCCAACUCCCAUUUAGAAAACAUUCGGUUAAUUCCUAUGGUAAUUUGGAGCAAAAUCGUUUCCAUAAUAAAACUGCCCUUCGAAAGGGCAAUGCUUUGCAAGUGAAAUUGCGAAAACAACCAAAUUUCGGAUUCGAAAACAAAAAUUCGGAACCAUGGCAAACAGGUAUGGAUAAAAGGUAUUGAAUGGUUUACUUGCAACAUUGAA